GGCCCCACCUAUGACAGCGCUGAAGGUUACACACGUUUAGGAUUUGGAAACCAGAAUGAAGCACUGCCACAUCUCAAACUGCCUGACAUCAGCAUGGGCAUUGAGAGUGAGGGUCCCACGCGCCCUCCAGGAGUUCUGACGCCAAAGCAGGUCAAGGCAUUUCAGAAUGUGGAGCCGAAGGCACUGGGGUCCAUUCAGAUCAUUAUUGGUGUCUUGUGCUUGUGUCUGAGCGUCACCAUUCUUCAGCUCUAUGAAGAGGUCCACUUCUCUCCUGAUGUCAUCGUUGUGGUAGUGAUUGUUGCUCAGUUGCUCGUGUCUGGAUCCAUUUUAAUCCAUACUGGAAGGUUUCCAUCACUGUUUUGGGUGAAAGCCACACUGGUUGCUCACCUGGUCAGUGCAGCGUUUUCCACUGCUGUUCUUGGGCUGCUGUCCCGUCACCUGCCUUACCGUCAGGACACUUACCACUGUGAGCACUGCAGGAGACUGGAGAUCUAUGCUGUGCAACAAUAUUGUUACAGGAAGUGCACUUAUACUGUCGAGAGAAAUUGUAAACUCUUGAUUGAUGGCUUCUUGGCCACCUUGGUUCUGUUUCUUGUGGUGGAGUUGGUGAUCUGCAUUGUGACCAUUUUGUUUGGACUCAGUGCUCUUGCUAAAGCUGGCGUAAAGUUUCCUGGUUUUAGACAGCGUGCAGCUCCAUCUCAGCCUGAGGCGGUCACCCCUAGUCAACCUCAGGUGGAGGUGUUUGUCUCAGAAGUGGAGCCAAUGCCAGAGCACGUGCCAGAACCUCAAUCUGAGCCAAUAGAAGAAAUCCCCAGCCCUCCCACUGAACCUCAAGUGGCCCCCAUUGACUCUUUAAGAGACGUUUGACACUUCAUGCUCAUGUGAUCUGUAUGUAUAUUGUAGGGGCUUUGGUGAUCAGUGAGGUUUUAGCAGCAAGGGUUUUUA